GUUUCUUUCAUUUUUCAAGAUUCAUGUUUAUAAAAGAAUACAAGAUAUAUGUAUAUAUAUUAUGUUAUGACACUUUCUUAGGCAUAAAAGACAAGCCCUCUCAAAUUUUCAAUGUUGAUGAGACAGGAUUUGGAAAAUGCGAAAAAAGAGAGAAGGUGGUUACUGAAAAAGUCCGAAAACACACUUAUGCCCGAAGUGUUUCAUCAACGAGCCAUAUCACUGCAACCAUCUGUGUAGCUGCAAAUGGACUAGUCCUGCCAACUUUCUUAAUUUAUGAAAAUAGUUUCCCGAGUGGAAGUUACAGAGAUGGUGCUCCUAGAGAUUGGCUUUUUGGCACUUCGCCGAAUGGGUACAUGGACGGUGACCUUUUUUAUAAAUGGUUUGAGACUGUAUUUCUCCCCAACUGUUCCAAGCGUCCAUCUCUCCUCAUUCUUGACAACCACGAGAGCCACAUCACUCUAAAGCUCAUCCAACGGGCCAAGGCAGAAGAAGUUGAGUUAUAUGGACUGCCUCCCCAUACCACCCAUGUAACACAGCCCUUGGAUGUGGCUUUGUUUAAGCCCAUGAAAACUAAAUUUUCAGACACUGCCGUCAACCUUGUGUAUGCCAGGAAAGACUUGGUGAUUGGAAAGGCAAAAUUUGCACCGGUGUUAUCUUCUGCAAUAGACCAGACAUUUAGUCCUCAUCAUAUCAAGGAGGCUUUCAGAAAGACUGGAAUUUACCCGUUUAAUCCCCAGGUCAUAAGUCAGAUGCAGCUGGCCCCUGCUGACAAACAUCAGGUUUCACACCAUGAUGAAGUCCAUGAUGACCAAACCAGUUGUGCACCCCCUGCAUUGUGCCAUGCAUGUGGCCAUUUUGUCCAGCAGAACCCACUAGUUGAACAGGGCCUCAUCCCCUAUAACUUAUCAGAAUUGUUCUUGCCCAUUUUCAUCAAACCACCUGAAAAAAAGAGAAGAAUUGUAACCAAAUCAAGAGUUCUUACAGGAGAGGAAAUAUUGAGCCAACUCGAACAGAAAGAAGAGGAGGCAGAGAGAAAAAAGAAAAAGCAAAAGGAGAGGAAAGAGCGGGCAGAGAUGAGGAGAAAGGAAGUGGAGGAAAAGAAAAACAAAAAAAGAAAAGCAACAACUAAGAAAGCCACCAAGAGAAAACAAAAAGUUAGUUGAUUUUUCUUAACAAGACUUCUCAUUGAAUAAUGAUUUCCCUAAAAAUUCAUAAUCAUUUGAC